AUGAAAAUCUUGGGCAAGGCUUUGAUUUGAAUCAUCAGUACAAAAAAGGCCCUUCACUUCAGUUCACUUCCCCUCCCAGUUUUUAACAUUUCCAGAACCCUCUCUCUUUCUGUCUUUUUCCCUCGCAUAUUUUCUAGGGUUUUCCACCUCCGAUCCACUCUAUCAUUUCCCAAUACUCCGUUUCCCCUUGAAAUGGCGGCCGUGACUGCAGCUCAGCCGCGCUCUUCCAAGACCGAGUCCUACGUGGACAACAAGCGCAAAGAAGACAUCCGCCAAGCCAACAUCAAGGCUGCCCGAGCUGUGGCUGACGCCGUCCGAACCAGCUUAGGACCCAAAGGUAUGGACAAAAUGAUCUCAACCGCCAACGGCGAAGUCAUCAUAACCAACGACGGCGCCACCAUUUUAAACAAGAUGGAAGUUCUGCAACCCGCCGCUAAAAUGCUCGUCGAUCUCUCCAAAUCUCAGGACUCUGCCGCCGGUGACGGCACCACUACUGUUGUCGUCAUUGCUGGUGCCCUCCUUAAGCAAUGCCUCACCCUUCUCUCCAACGGUAUCCACCCCACUGUUAUAUCCGAUUCUCUCCACAAGGCUUCGAUUAAAGCUGUCGAUGUCCUCACCGCCAUGGCCGUCCCUCUCGAGCUCUCCGAUCGCGAAUCGUUGAUCAAAUCCGCCAGUACUUCGUUGAACAGCAAGGUUGUUAGCCAAUACUCAACACUUCUUGCCCCGCUUGCCGUUGAUUCCGUUCUCUCCGUCGUUGAUCCAGCAAAGCCGGAUAUGGUUGAUUUAAGAGACAUCAAGAUUGUGAAAAAGCUAGGGGGGACCGUGGACGAUACGCAGUUGGUUAAAGGGCUGGUUUUCGAUAAGAAAGCGAGCCAUGCUGCUGGAGGACCGACCAGAAUGGAGAAUGCAAAAAUUGCGGUAAUUCAGUUUCAGAUUUCCCCUCCUAAAACUGAUAUUGAACAGAGUAUUGUAGUUUCUGAUUAUACUCAAAUGGAUAGGAUAUUGAAAGAGGAAAGGAAUUAUAUUUUGGGUAUGAUUAAGAAGAUUAAAGCCACUGGUUGUAAUGUUUUGUUGAUCCAAAAGAGUAUUCUGAGAGAUGCAGUCACGGAUUUGUCAUUGCAUUAUUUGGCCAAGGCUAAGAUUAUGGUUGUUAAGGAUGUUGAGAGGGAAGAUAUUGAGUUUAUUACCAAGACUUUGAAUUGUUUGCCUAUUGCUAAUAUUGAGCACUUUCGAGUGGAGAAGUUGGGGCACGCAGAUCUUGUUGAGGAGGUUUCGCUCGGGGAUGGAAAGAUUGUUAAGGUUACUGGGAUCAAGGAUAUGGGAAGAACAACUACUGUUUUAGUUAGGGGUUCGAAUCAGUUGGUCCUCGACGAAGCUGAGAGGAGUUUACACGAUGCCUUAUGUGUGGUCAGGUGUUUAGUGAGUAAAAGGUUUUUGAUUGCAGGUGGUGGUGCUCCGGAGAUUGAAUUGUCGAGGCAGCUUGGUGCUUGGUCUAAGGUGUUGCAUGGGAUGGAGGGGUAUUGUGUUAGGUCGUUUGCUGAGGCACUUGAAGUUAUUCCUUAUACGUUGGCUGAGAAUGCUGGGUUGAACCCUAUUGCUAUUGUGACUGAGCUGAGGAAUCGGCAUGCUCAAGGGGAGAUCAAUGCUGGGAUCAAUGUGAGGAAGGGACAAAUCACUAAUAUCUUGGAGGAGAAUGUUGUGCAACCACUGCUUGUAAGCACAAGUGCAAUUACAUUGGCAACGGAGUGUGUGAGGAUGAUUUUGAAGAUUGAUGAUGUUGUUAAUGUGAGGUAGUUUUCUGCAUUGGAUGAUGAAAUGUGGUCUUGUUAUCCAAUUUAGUGCUUUUGUUUCAAAUUUCUGAAUUGGCUAUCUACUUCCAAAUAUUUGCUUGCUUUGAAGAUUGAUGAAGUUGCUAAAUGUCAGGUAGUUUUCUGCAUUAGACGAUGAAAUGUGUUAUUGUUAUCUGAUUUAGUGCUUUUGUUUCCUUAUAGUUUUGACUAUGUUUUAAACUUAUGAAUUGGCUAUAAUAUUUGCUUGCUAUCAACAA